CCCUAUCACACAGUACAUUUGUUUACUAUCAUGUUCUAUAAAUAGAUACAAAAUGAAACCCAUCCGUUUUGGCGUACUAACAGUCAGCGAUACUUGCUUUUCUAAACAAAAUCAAGAUCUAAGCGGGCCCAAGCUGCAAGAAUGCAUUCGAGCCAGCUUCCCUGACGCCAGCAUAAUUGCAACACGAAUUGUACCAGAUGAGAAAGAAAUGAUCAAAAAUGCCUUACUGGAAUGGUCGAGUCAGGGAGUCAUGGACGUCAUAUUGACGACUGGUGGUACUGGGUUUGCACAACGUGACGUAACACCCGAGGCAACUAAGGCAAUUAUCGAUAAAGAAGCGCCCGGAUUGUCCUACGCUAUAAUAUCAAAGGGCAUGGCCGUGACGGAAUUAGCUGUACUAUCAAGGGCAGUUUCCGGUAUAAAAAAUAAGACCUUGAUUAUUAAUUUACCGGGAAGCGUCAAGGGGGCGUCCGAAUCUUUUGGUUUUAUAAAAAAUGUUUUGAAGCACGCCGUUGCUCACGUUAGAGAAGACCGAGAGACUAUCAAAUGUGAUCACAAACAUAUUCGGGACUUAUCGCCUAGUAAGGUCAAAAUACACCAGUCAGCCUAUCGAAAUAGAAACUCUCCGUAUCCUCAAAUUGAUGUGGACGUCGCUUUAGCAAUGAUAUUCGAGAAAUUGCCAAUUGCGUCGGUAACAGAAUGCGUCGAUAUUUCAAAGUCGCUCUGCAGAAUUUUGGCCGAAGACGUGUAUGCGAAAGAACCGAUGCCACCCUUCAAUGCUUCUAUAAAGGACGGCUACGCCGUGAAGACGUCGGACGGUGCAGGAGUUCGUAAAGUACGGAACGUUGUCGCUGCUGGCGACGUGCCCGACUCCGCUCGUCCCUUGGAUGACGACGAGAUUGUGAGUAUCAGUACAGGCGCGCCUGUUCCUCAGGGAGCUGAUGCGGUGGUGCAAAUCGAGGACACGGUCCUAGUUCAGGCGUCAUCCGACGGCUCUAGGGAAUUACUGGUGGAGAUUAAGGUGGCUCCCAAGCUUUAUCAAGACAUAAGGCCGGUGGGAAGCGAGAUAACGGCAAAUGAAUUGGUAAUACACAAAGGUGAUGCGAUUACUUUUGGACAUAUUGGUGUAUUGGCAACGCUUGGAAAAGUCAACGUUCAAGUUUACAAACGCCCACAAAUCGGUUUGAUUUCGACCGGUAAUGAACUGCAAGCCCCCCACGAGGAGUUAAAGCCGUCUCAUAUACGCGACAGUAAUAAAUUGGCCCUUCUGAACCUUCUCAGGCAGUACAGCUAUGAAGCCAGUGAUUGUGGGAUUGCCAAAGACAAUCCUGACAGCGUAAAGAAAGCGCUGCAUUCCGCGUUAGCCCACUACGACGUUAUCAUCACCACGGGUGGUGUUUCCAUGGGCGAAUUUGACUUGAUAAAAAACGUCCUCGAGGAAGAUUUUAAUGCCACGAUUCACUUUGGAAGAGUGAAUAUGAAACCUGGAAAACCAACAACUUUCGCCACGUGCAACUUUGAAGGAAAACUGAAGGUGAUAUUUGGACUUCCUGGCAAUCCAGUAUCUGCAAUGGUAACCACAAUACUCUUCGUUAUACCGGCUUUGCGCCACUUGGAGAAUAGUAAACAAAAAUCACUUCCAAUGAUCCCUGUAGUUUUGGGUGAACAAUUUACUGUUGAUCCAAGACCUGAGUACGUGCGAGUACGACUUGAGGCCGGUGACAAUGUACUUACUGCAUACUCUGUUGGGAAUCAGAUCAGUAGCAAAAUUAACAGCUUCAUUAAUGCCAACGCUUUAAUGUUAGUUCCCAGUAAACUUGUACAUCCGAAUAGUUUCAAGAAGGGAGAUAUUUUAAAUGCGAUCAUGUUAAACUAGUACAAUAAAUAUAAGAGCAAUUACGUCAGUAAUUUUAACACUAUAAAAAUAUAUACAU